AAAUCUUGAAUUUACAGAUAUACGUAGUUGAUGAUAUAGUUAUACGGAUAGUAAAAUCUCGAAUGACAAUGUUAUCAAUGAGAAGGCCAUUGGAAGUCAAAAUUGAUAAUGCUAUUGAAGUUUUUACGAUUAGAAAAUCCACUGGAAGGCUCUAG